CCAGGCAGGAGGUGGAGAGUCCCCAGAGCAGGAGCCCAGGAAGAGGGGAAGGAGCCUGACGGAGGCACUUUUCACAGAGACACCCCAUGACAUGACAGCGCGGACAGGUGAGGAUGUGGAGAUGGCCUGCUCCUUCCGAGGCAGUGGCUCCCCAUCCUACUCGCUGGAGAUCCAGUGGUGGUACCUGCGCAGCCACCGGGACUGGACUGACAAGCAGACAUGGGCCUCCAACCCGCUAAAAGCAUCUCAGCAGGAGGACUCGGGGAAGGACGCCACCAAAAUAAGUGUGGUCAAGGUGGUGGGCAGCAACAUCUCCCACAAGCUGCGGCUGUCGCGGGUGAAGCCCACUGACGAAGGCACCUACGAGUGUCGCGUGAUCGACUUCAGCGACGGCAAGGCCCGGCACCACAAGGUCAAGGCCUACCUGCGGGUGCAGCCCGGGGAGAACUCGGUGCUGCAGCUGCCUGAUGCGCCCCCCGCUGCGCCCGCGCCACCGCUCCGCCUCGUGCACCCCGUCCUCGCGGCCGGCCCCCUGGUGAGGAGCCGGGCCGUGAGGGGCCCCACGCUCCUGUUCCGUCUCUUUCUACCGGGAACCGGCUCCGGGUCCCCCAGGGAAGCGGAGACCACUCAGCCCCACGCGGGAGGCUGCCCUGCCAGGCAGAGUUAGCACCAGCAGGCUCGUUCUGGGCCCUCGAGGCUCUCCCCGAGCCCCCCUCUGCCGGCACCCCCCACACCCAGCCCUGUCUUGGGCCUGUGAAAUCCACAAGGGAUCCCCUCCACCCAUCCCCAUCCCCAUUCCUGAUCAGGGGACACCCACCCUGGUGGUUUGUAAAUAUUUCUAUUGGGCCCACCCCGCCCCGGAACUGGCUCAAACCUCUGGCCACCCUCGGUGAUGGAGGGGAGGUGGGAGGCCCAGGGCUUUGCCUAGGGGUGAGCGGGCCCUGUGUAUAUGACCCAACCUGUGAGUACCAGCCAACUCCAAUAAAGCGGUUUAAACCAACAUGGA